UUUUUUUACUGAAAACAUAGGUAUCCCGGCACAACCACAAUUCGGCAACAACCCGUUUCCGGCGGCCCUAGAAAGUUUUAGUUUUUUUACCUUCUUUACAUCACAUCCGGGUCAAGUGCGCGCGUUUUGUUUACAAACAUCACAGAAAUGUCACGCAAAUUUAUCUGACGCAAAAUGGAGAUAAGAACCCAUCAUGUGCCAGACAGGGGGUCUUAUAGAACCUAUGAUCCUGACAACUUGUCAAAAGCUUAUUUUGCUGUCAAAGAAGGCAAAAUGUCAACAAAUAAAGCUUCAAAAGUAUUUAAUGUACCUAGAACAACCCUACAGGAUAGACUAUAUGGCAAAGUUGAUAUAGAGACAAUCAAAUCAGGUCCUCAGCCUCUGUUUAACCAGGAGCAAGAAGCACUUCUAGUUGGUCAUUUGAAGACAAUGGAUGACGUGGGUUAUGGCUAUAGCCGCCAGGAAACUUUAAAUUUAGCAUCUGACUAUGCUGUUCAUUUAGGCCUUAGAGAUAAAGAUCACCCACUCACUGAUAGAUGGUUGUAUAAGUUUUUAAGCAGGUGGCCUGAAAUUGGUGUCAAGAAGCCACGUAGUUUAGAAAUUGCAAGGGCAAAGUCUGCCACAAGGGGGGCUGUAGAUGCAUAUUUUGAGGAACUUGGUCAUAUCCUUUCAAAGUACAACCUUCUUAACAAACCUCAUAGGAUUUAUAACAUUGAUGAAAAAGGUCUUAGCACAGAACAUAAGCCACCUAAAGUGAUUGGGGGGAAAUUUUCAAAAUCUCAAGCUGUAACAUCUGGCAGAGGCAAAACGGUUACUUUGAUAGGCUGUGCUAAUGGUGUUGGCCAAGUAAUACCCCCCUACUUUGUUUUCCCUGGAGCCAGGAUGCUUGAUUCCUUGCUGGAUGGAGCAACUGCUGGUGCAGAUGGUGAUGUUUCUGAGUCUGGAUGGUCUAACUCCCAAAUAUUUUGCAAUUACAUUCAGGAGCAUCUUAUCAAGUUUUUGCCUCCAAGAGAUGAUGAUGAUAUUCUUUUACUCUAUGAUGGACAUAAGAGUCACAUAACCAUACCGAUUAUUGAGUGGGCCAAAUCUCAUCAUAUUCACUUGUUUGUGUUACCACCACAUUGUAGCCAUCUUCUCCAACCACUAGAUGUUAGCUGCUUUGGUCCAUUUGAGAUUGCAUGGAAUUCUGCAUGUCACAGUUUUAUUCGUGAAUCUGGUGGAAAUGUAAUUACACGAUAUGAAGUCUGCAAAAUAGCCUGCAAAGUGUAUGCCAGCACUUUAAAUCCUGGAAACAUCCAGUCUGCAUUUAGGAAAAGUGGAAUUUAUCCCUUUGACAAGUCUGUAAUUGAAGAUGCCAAAGUUGCUCCAGCCACAUCUUUUGAUAGGGAUUCUAUAUCUGCCACUGAUGCCCCUGAUCCUACAUCACAUACACCAGUAAAUGAAACAUCUAAGUCUGCCGAGUCAUUCUUAUUGAACCGUGGGGGGAAAAUUCUGCAAAAUGUAAAGAAAGCAAAAAUAAGAAAUACUUUGAGUAAAAUAGUUGGUGGUAAAUGCAUCACAGAAAAUGAAGUAUUUGACAAAAUUAUUGAUCAUGACACAAAACAAAGCUCAAAGAACAAACAAACAAAAAAAACAAACAAAGCAAAUCCAGUUAAAGGUAAAAGGAAAAAAAAUAUAGAGCCCUCUACAUCUGGAAUUCAAACAAAAAAAAUGACACUUAACGAGAAUUUCUCAAGCUCUGAAUCUGAAAUUGAUGAAGAAACCGACAAAUGUAUAGUUUGUAAGAGUUUUUACCCAGAUUCAUCAAAGAAACCACAACUAUUAAUAGUCAACUGGGGACAAUGUGAUACAUGUAAAGGCUGGGUACACUUGUCAUUUUGUUCAUCAGUAAGGGUUAUAAGAAGAGGUGACAAAUUCCUCUGCCCUUUCUGUAGUGACACCAGCAACUAAACUUUUGAUAAAAAAAAAAACAAUUGUAAAUAUGUUUCUAACAGUUAAAAGUGUUAUAACAGUUAAAAUAUUACUUACAGUUUAA